UUCACGCGCGAAUGCUAUAAUUUUUUUCCUUAAUUCCGUUUUUCCCACGACUAGGAAAACAGAAGCCGUCCAUUACUCUAAGAACCUGUGUCUCUCUCUCCCCCUCCCCAAAGCCCUAACCAUUGCUUUUCUUGUCUUCGACGCUCUCAAUUCUCCACCCGAUCCAGUCAUUUUGAAUCCAAAAUUUUCUCCCAAAUCCGCAUAUUCUGUCUACGCCAUUUAUUUUUCAUUAUCAGAAUUUAGAUCUAUUGAUUUGCAUCCAUGACUCGCUACGAAUCUAACCCUUUCGAGGAAGAAGAAGUGAAUCCGUUCGCGGACCAAGCAGGCAAAGGAAAAGGAUCCGGGCAACCUAGUUAUGGAGGAGGUCCCUUUUAUAUGACGAAUCCUGGAAGUGUUCCUCCUGCAAACUCAAGGCUUUCUCCUCUGCCUCCUGAACCUUAUGAUCGUGGUUCAACAAUUGAUAUUCCUCUUGAUAGCGGAAAGGAUUUUAAAUCAAAAGCGAGGGAACUCCAAGCUAAAGAGGCUGAACUGAAGAAGAGGGAGCAGGAAUUAAAACGGAGAGAAGAUGCAAUAUCGCGAGCUGGAAUUGUCAUAGAGGAGAAAAAUUGGCCACCAUUUUUACCCAUUAUCCAUCAUGACAUUGCAAAUGAAAUACCAAUCCAUCUGCAGAGGUUGCAGUACGUUGCAUUUACUACUUUGCUGGGUUUGUGCUUGUGUCUGUUGUGGAAUAUUGUGGCAGUGACGACGGCCUGGAUCAAAGGAGAAGGUCCAACGAUAUGGUUUCUUGCUAUCAUCUACUUUAUAUCAGGGGUUCCGGGGGCUUACGUAUUGUGGUAUCGCCCCCUCUACCGUGCCAUGAGGACUGAUAGUGCUCUGAAAUUUGGGUGGUUUUUCCUUAUUUACCUGGUUCAUAUUGGCUUUUGCAUCCUUGCCGCAGUCGCUCCUCCAAUUAUAUUCAAGGGGAAAUCCCUCGCGGGUAUUUUGCCUGCAAUAGAUCUUCUGGGCAAUAAUGCGUUGGUUGGGAUAUUUUACUUCAUUGGAUUUGGACUGUUUUGCGUUGAAUCCCUGCUCAGUAUUUGGGUUAUUCAGCAAGUUUACAUGUACUUCCGAGGCACUGGCAAAGCUGCAGAGAUUAAGCGUGAGGCUGCUACAAGGACCAUGAUGUCUGCACUAUGACAUGUCUAAUAUGGAAUGGACAGAUGUACACUUGGAUGGACUUUUACUUGGAUUUCUCCUGGAGCAUUAGGAAUCUCAAUCGCCCGAGGAUUCCAUACAUCGCUUGUUUUUAAUCUUCAGCAUUGUUGAUGUGUUCACUGACUAAUAUGAAACCAUCAUUCUUGAUGAAUGAAAAAAGUGGUAUAGAUCUGUUAAGAGAGUGUGUUUUCUUUCAUAGGAUGCUCCUGUUUAUAGUAUUAUUUUUUUUCUCAUAGGUUUAUCUUUUUUCUUUUCAUUUUUCUCUUUUGGUAAACAGAAGAACCAGUUAGAUGAGAUUUACUGUUUCCUUUGCUCCUAUAGAUGUUGCUUUAGAUCGUCAUAUUGUAUUAUAGUUAUAUAUAUUCUUGUUUGAUGCGCCCCAUAAAUUGAUCCUGUUA